AUGACAUUUGGCAUUAUUAUGCAACAACUAGGAUACUUGCUCUUUUCAUAUGCAAGCAGUGUUUCCAUCAUAUUCAUCAACAAGUACAUUUACAAUGAUAAGAAAGUUGCGGGAACUCUUCUAAUGGCAUUCCAUUUCAUUACUUGUUUCAUAGUUUCGUAUAUUUUGUAUGUCUUGAAUAAUUUAUUCAAGAAUCCACUCAAAGAAACUCUGAGUGAGAAACAACAGGCAGUGAAUAAGGAAGAAGAAACCGUAUUACCCAUAAUAAUUUCCAAAGAAGAAAACCAUAUUUCGAAUAAUGAUUCAGAAACUGAAAUAUUCUCAGUAUUCGAAUGUAAAUUCAUGUCCUUAACCGAUGGCAUUCUCUUCAGUUUGAGUGUUUCUUCCGCUCUCCUUUUCGGAAACUUGAGUUUAAUCCACAAUUCCAUUUCCGUCUAUCAACUUUCCAAAUUAAUGGUCAUUCCAUGUUUGAUUGCAAUUAAUUUCUUUUAUUUUAACAUGAAAAUGGAAAAGAAAAUUGUUGGAUCUUUGGUUUUGAUUGUUUUGGGUAUGAUGUUGGUGAUUGGAUUUGAUAUCAUGUUAAAUUGGUUUGGAAGUGUCAUUUGUCUGUUUGCAAUCUUGACAGGAGCAACUUCUCAAAUUUGUAUUAAUUAUUUCUGUAAAAAGUACAAGAUGAAUGGUUUCGAAUUGUUACUGAACCAUUCAUUGUUUUCUUCAAUUUUGAUGGCAUUAGCAUCCAUUCCAGUUGAUGGAUUAGAUUCCAUUGCAUAUAGUGUUAAUUUAUUUAAUGGAAAUUCAUCAUUCUUUUUGGCAGUUUUAGCUUCAGGAUUUGCAGCAUUUUUCGUAAAUGUUUCAGGUUACCUAGUUAUUGGUAAACUCUCUCCACUUACUUUUCAAGUUUUAGGUCACGCAAAAACAGUUUCAGUUCUCAUUGGUGGAUAUUUCCUCUUUGGAAAUGAGAAGGAUUUAUCAAUUCAUACCUUGAUUGGACUUUCUAUUGCAUUAGUUGGAACAUUCUUAUAUUCAUACUUUAAAUUUAAAGAAGAAACAGUUUCGAAUAAGUCAACUGUUGGAAAGGAACAAGUAAUUGAGAAACCAGUUAUUAUUUUGAAUGGAAAGGAUGUUUUGGAAUAUAAUUAUAUCAAGAAGAAUGUUUCUUCAAUUUCUUCAUUUGGAAAUCAAGCAAUGGAUGAUUCUGGAAAUAAUUCGAAACUUGAAUCUCCAAGAAAUGCAUUCGAUAACGAUGACGAUGAUGAAACAAGCCACCACAGUUUCAGCAGUGAAGGAGCAGAUGAAGGCAGAGUGGAAGAUUUCAAAAGGUCAAACUCUCCAUUAGAAACUGUGUAA